AUGGUCAAAAAUGCCACUCUCGGAGUAAAUUCCGCUCAACAAAUUGUUGGUGAAGCUACACAAAAUUUAAAUGAUGCUGUAUUAGCUCAACUACCGAAAUUAAACACAUUAAAACGAAAGUUAAGGCGAGUAAAAGAACGUGCUACAUGGCAUCCACCUUGUCCAACCAGUAUAAGAGAUUUAAUAAUACCGGACCAGUACAAAUGUCUAUCUGAUGGAUCACAAUUUCUACUUCAUGAUUCUGGUGUACAUGAUGACGAACGAUUUAUAAUUGUAGGAUCGACGACUGGACUUCGUGCACUAUCUAUAUCAACGCGAUGGCAUGCAGAUGGUACUUUUAAAACUACACCACUUAUUUUUAAGCAAUUGUACAGCAUACAUGCAGAAAUAGGAAACAAUUCUCUAGUGGCGGGUGCGUUUAUAUUAAUUACACGUAUGACCGAAGAAGCAUAUACUAAAUCUUUUUCCUGUUUAAAUACACUGUUAACACGCAAUUCGACAAAUUUAAAUAUAGUGUUAGAUUUAGAAUUAGCUGCUAUUAAUGCAUUUACAUCUGUAUAUCCUUCAUGUAAAAUAACUGCCUGUUUUUUCCACGUCUCCCAAUGCCUGUGGCGUAAAAUUCAACAAGAAGGUUUACAGACAAUAUAUUCAAAAGAUGUUGACUUUGCAGUUAAUGCAAAAAUGUUGGCAGCAUUGGCUUUUGUACCACCACACGAUGUAGUAAAAGCAUUUGAAGAACUUGUUGACUAUUUACCUGAAUCUAUUUUGCCAGUAGUAGAUUAUUUUGAAGAUAAUUUUAUCGGUAUAUUAUAA